AUGGCCAGAGUCCCAGAUGUGUUGCUGAGAGACAUCAGUAAGGAAGAGAUGGAGAUGGAGUUCUCAUUCAGCAACGAGAUCUCCUUCUAUGAGUCUGUCCAGCAUGCAGAUAUCCUUUCCGUUCUAGAAGAUGCCACAACCAAGCGCAGCAUGCAGCCGCCGAGACGGAGAAGGCCCAGCCGCAGCAGGCUGUUCACAGAUGCCGACCUGAGCGAGAUGCUGAGCAGCAACUUGGUGGAAGGUCCAUCCUCCUUUGCUGAAGCCAGCCUUGUGUCCUCAGGGCUUCCGUCCGCUUACACCUAUGUCAAGGUGCAAAGGUGGAACAUCCAAGACCUUGACAACAAGUGCUUUUUCCUGGACGGAACCCCAGGGCAGCCCGAGCUCCUUGCCUUGCACUUACAAGCCAACGAGAAGCCAGUGGAACUGGACCUGCGUUUCUAUCGCUCACCGCUGGGCAGCGAUGCCAAUUCUGGGCAGCUGGUCGCUCUGGACAUUGUAGACAGCAAGCUGUACUUGACGUGCAUCAAGGAGGGAGACGGGUGCCACUUGCAGCUGGAGGAAGCAGAGAAGCCCCUGAGGGAAAUCUCCAGAGACAACCAGAAGUUCCUCUUUUAUUACAAGCCCACCAGCGAGAGCCAAGCGAGCACCACCUUCACUUUCCAGUCCCUGGUCUGUCCCGGGUGGUACGUGGCCACCCCAAAGCAUAGCGGCCACGUACAGAUGCACAACGUCACCGGAGAACGUUUCUACACGGACUUUCAUUUAUUUUUUUAGCAAUUCAUGUUUUCAGCCACAGUGAUAUGUUGGCUGGUUGUAUUUUUAGGCUGCCUGAAUUUCUCAGGGGCCAUGUAUGUACCACAUG